AUGGUCAAGGAAACCAAGUACUACGAUACCCUGGGUAUCUCGCCCGACGCAACUGAGGCCCAGUUGAAGAAGGCUUACAAGGUCAACGCCCUGAAGUACCACCCUGACAAGAACGCCCACAACCCUGCCGCCGAGGAGAAGUUCAAGGAGGUCUCACAUGCUUAUGAAAUCCUGUCGGAUGCCCAGAAGCGCCAGAUCUACGACCAGUAUGGCGAGGCUGGCCUGGAGGGAGGUGCCGGUGGCGGUGGUAUGGCUGCCGAGGACCUGUUCGCUCAGUUCUUCGGCGGCGGCUCCUUCGGCGGCGGUCUCGGAGGCAUGUUCGGUGGCAUGGGCGGCCAGCGCGGCCCUCCCAAGGCCCGAACCAUUCACCACACCCACAAGGUUUCCCUCGAGGAUGUCUACCGGGGUAAGACCUCCAAGCUUGCCCUGCAGCGCUCCAUCAUCUGCCCCAAGUGCGAGGGUCGCGGAGGCAAGGAGGGCGCCGUCCGACGCUGCCCUGGCUGCGACGGCCACGGUAUGAAGACCAUGAUGCGACAGAUGGGUCCCAUGAUUCAGCGCUUCCAGACUGUCUGCCCUGACUGUAACGGAGAGGGCGAGAUCAUCAAGGAGAAGGACCGCUGCAAGGGCUGCAACGGCAAGAAGACCAUUGUCGACCGCAAGGUCCUCCACGUCCACGUUGACCGUGGUGUGCGCAGUGGCACCAAGGUUGAGUUCCGUGGCGAGGGUGACCAGUCGCCCGGUGUUCAAGCCGGCGACGUCGUUUUCGAGAUCGAACAGAAGCCUCACCCCCGUUUCACACGCAAGGAGGACGACCUGCUGUACCGUUGCGAGAUCGAGCUGGUCACAGCCUUGGCUGGUGGCACCAUUUACAUUGAGCACCUCGACGACAGGUGGCUGAGCGUUGACAUUCUGCCCGGUGAGGCCAUCGCAAAUGAGGCUGUCAAGAUGAUCCGCGGCCAGGGUAUGCCGUCGCCGAGACACCACGACUGUGGAAACAUGUACAUCCAGUUCUCCGUCAAGUUCCCUGAGAAGGGCUGGACCGACAACGAGGAGGCCUUUGAGUCGCUGCGCAAGAUCCUGCCUGCUCCAUCUCUUCAGGCUGUCCCCCCGAACGAGGCUAUGAGCGAGCCGGCGGACCUUGAGGACAUGGACAACCAGCAGCAGGCCAGAGCCUUCGGCGGUGGCGCUGGCGGUAUGGAUGAGGACGACGAGGAUGGCCACCCGCACGGAGAGCGCGUGCAGUGCGCCUCCCAGUAG